AUGUAUUUUCAAUUAAACACUGAGUCAAUUCUAUACUCAAUUAUGGAAAAACUGAAAAGAACACUUAAUAUAUUUAUAAUGUUUCAGUGGAAAUAUCCCAUAAAAGGAUCUUUAUAUUCAUAUCAGAAAAUUAAUCAUUCAAUAAAUGGUUCUUUAAUUAAAAAGUCAUUUAUAAUAUCAAUGUUGGUGAGUUUGAUUCUGAUGGAAAUAUCAGCAAUUGUUACUCCACCUUUCUGGAUGCCUUCGGAGAGUUGGUCUAGUUGCUCUGAAGAAUGUGGUGAUGGUGUUGAAACACGUCGAUUUUUAUGUGUUCGAAAUGAUCAUUACAAUGCUACGACGCUGCUAGAUGAAUCACAAUGUAAACAUUUACCUAAUCCAAGUGCACAGAAUACAGAAAACAAUCAAAGAGCAUGUAAACUCGGUCCGUGUGGUAAAGGAUAUCGAUGGAGAGUAUCUAACUGGGGACAUUGUUCACAAACAUGUGGUGGACUUGGUAUAAUGUCUCGUGAUGUACAGUGUGUUUAUUCAGGCAAAGAUGGUGAACUUGUGAUAUCAGAUUUUGAUGCAUCCUAUUAUUGUGGUAAUUAUCGACAACCUGAGAGACAUGCAUCGUGCAAUCGAUUUGCAUGUAAGCCUGAAUUUGUCCCAGAAAAAUGGGGUAAGUGUAUCCAAAGUGAUCCAUGUCGUCCAGGCAGACAAGUACGUCAAUUAUCGUGUAUUUCUGUACAAGUCAAUGGAUCACUUCGCGAACUCCCAAUGGCAGCUUGCUAUAUGACAGGGAAAACGAUUCAACCAACAUGGCGUCGAUGCUUUGAAGAAAGUUCAAGAAAAUGUGACAGCAAACCACCAAUGAUUAAUACUGACACUUUAACUAUUGUUCAGAUGAGAAAAGUGAAAGUGAUUGAUUUAAAAGUUGGCCAGCAAGCAUUCGUAAUACCAUUUACUCGUGUAACCGUACGCUGUCCUGUACAGUAUUUUACAGCGCAAGAAUUACAAUGGGCUAACCCGAACCAUGGAAUAUUAGCCUAUACAGGAGCAAUAUCUGAUAGAAUAAGGUGGAUAAACGGGGAAGACUACACAUCCGAAGUUUCCGUCUCAUCGACGAAGGUGACUGGACGUGCAUAG